UUCUAUCUUUAAGCAAACCCACCAUCGGCUGCUAGAGUGUUAUUGUGGGAUCAGUGACACGAAGUCAGCCUGGCGGCGUCUGUUUCGCAGCCAGAGCGGGCUGCUCGUGUGACGUGAGUGGGUUAAUGCCGCUGGUUGUCUGACAACAGGACAGAGGGAGGAAAGGGAAGCUUAAAUGAGUGAGUGGCAGGGGGGCAGAGAGGAGGAGGAGGAGGAGAGAUGGAAUGAUAGAGUGAAUUAAUUCAACCUUAGCCAGCCCUGAUUGACUCAGAGACAAACUGGCAUGCACAAACACUCAGAGUGACACCAAAGACAUGGAGAGAGAGAAGAAGAAUGACAUGUCCUUCUCUAGAAAGAGAAGCUUCACCUUUGGGGCUUAUGGCAGACCUGACUCUGUGGAGGACAACCAACUGGACUGUCUGGACUCUCCAGCCGGUGACAGCAAGCCUUCCCUUUCUUCCAGCAACACCCAGAGGGUAUAAAAGCCUCCCUUCUUUAAUUCCAGUUCCAUGAAUUUCAUUCAUUAUUACCUGCACAGGAAGCAGAGCUGUUUGAAAUCAUAGCGAAGCUGCAGGUGAGUUUCAGCGUGAUCGAUCGUAUGCAUCAGCUGAUGUCUGAGCAGAGCGGCGUCUCCUUUCAUGCUUUCGUCCAUCAGGGCAGCAGGAUCGAUGAGCAGAGAUGUGAAUUCCCGCCUCCUUUGAAGUGCCAGCUUUUAACCAUCGGGUCGGAUCUGCCCCUCAUCCUCCCCUCUAAACUGGGAGGCUACUGGGUCGACCCCCCUCUGGAGAAGCUCAUAGACAUGAGUCCCACCUCCACCCACCAAGGCCUUGACCUGGAGAGCUACGACAUCAUGGAGAGAGAUGCAGAGGCCAAAAUCUACCACGAGUGUUUCCGCUCACGGCAUCACCACUCCUUCACAGCAGUGGAUCCAUCGCUGGGGUCGCUGGUUCUUUCCGUCUGCUUGGAGGAAGAAGAGAAUCGACUACGGGUGAUACUAAGAAUGAAGGAGUGCUCUCUGCAUGGAACGUUCUCCGUGUCACUUUUUCCCAACAUGCCAUCUGCUGUAGAAUUAGCAAAGAUGCUUUGUGAUAAAGUGACUGUCUCAAAGUUUGAUGUGGUCAGCUACCUGAAGGCUCCAGACCUCAUCAGAACAUUUGAUGAACACAGAGUGUCUUCUAAUUUCAAGUUUGGUGUCAUUUACCAAAAAGAAGGGCAGCUAACAGAGGAGGACAUACUGAGCAACAACGAGGAGAGCGAAGAGUUUAAAGACUUCCUGAUGAUCCUGGGAGAAACUGUUCGGCUGCAGGGAUUCACAGGCUUUAGAGGAGGACUGGAUGUGUGUCAUGGCCAGACAGGAAGUGAAGCAGUCUUCACUUCCUUUCAUGGGAGAGAUGUGAUGUUCCAUGUCGCAACAAAGCUGCCUUUUACAGAGGGCGACCCGCAGCAGUUACAAAGAAAGCGUCACAUCGGUAAUGACAUAGUGGCCGUGGUCUUCCAGGAGGGCCAAACACCCUUCUUAUGUGACGUUAUUAAAUCUCACUUCCUGCACUGUUUUCUGGUGGUGAGAAGGACGCAGAAGAAGGAGGAGGCAGGUGGAGGUGCGUUCCAGGUGUCUGUUACAGCCAGAGAGGACGUUCCUCCCUUUGGUCCCGGGAUUCCAGAUCCCCCCAUCUUCAGAGAUCGUUCCCAUCUGAGAGAAUUCCUUCUCACCAAGCUGAUCAAUGCAGAGAUUUCCUGCUAUAAGGCUGAACAGUUUAGCAAAUUGGAGCUGCGUACACGCUCAUCCCUUCUAGAGAGCUUGCGAAAUGAACUCUUCACUCGUUCCCAGUGCAUGAUGGGAGAUCCAUCCCUUCCUGCCGUCUCCACUUCUGAGGCGGGGCGGGCUGCAUCUGAAGGAAGUGGAGGCUUUAUUGAAAAUUUUAAGAGAGCCAUCAGAGUGCGGAGUCAUUCCUUUGAGAACCUGGGCGUACCCAGGAAAAUCACUGGCAAUGCGUCAAGCAAGCCAAAGACAGAUAAAGAUGGAGAGAGUGAUAAAUCUGCGACACUUCUGCCCGACAACUCAGCAAGAACUGAAGUUAAAGAUCAAGCAAGUCCUCAAGAGGAAACAUAAAAACACUGUUAACUUUUACCCACAUAUAAUUAUAGAUUACCCUUUAUUAUAUACCUCUGUGGGUCAGUAUCUGUAAAUAAAAGUAAAUAGACUUUUCAGGAAAUGUAAUUAUUUUACAUAGAAGAAAUAUUUUAGAUUGCAGAAAACCUUUCAAUACAUAUAAAAAAGAGAUGUUAAAACAAACAAAGCUGAGAAAUUUAAACACUACUUGAAGUUUUGCUUUACAGAUUAAUUUAGAUCGAAGCAAAUCUGGACUCUGAGAAGCAGUUGCAUUAGUUAAUGCCAAAGACACAAAAUUAAACCACAUCGUGAAAUCGUAAUAAGAAUAUUGGCAUUGGCUGCAGCUCCAUUUGAUUUAAAUGAUAGAUGAAUGUAUUUUAGUGUAAACUCGCUAUUUUUGUGUCAUUUCUAUAAAGAAUGUAGCUUGAGGAAUUAGAAUUUCACAUUUGUGCAUUUUAUGAAUGACUAUUUAUGUUUUAUUGUGGUUUUAUGAACACAAAUGUGUUUAUAUUUAUAUUAAAUGCCUUCAGUCUUGA